UAUCCCAUAAAUUAAACCUCAGUACAUAUCUCGGCUAUCCUCUGCUUGCACCAUAAAUCUAGAGCCAAACAUUUCUGUUUCAAAAAAUGGAUGUAGUUUCAGAUUUCUUAUCUAAGCUCCACACCAUAACCUUCUGCUUGAUCUGCAUCUUCAUAGUCGAAGUAUCCCUCUUCAACCAAUCCCUCUCACACUUUACCUGGCGGCGCUUCCGUAGACGCGCAACCAGCGCCGCCGCAAGCACCACCUUAUUGGGUCUGAUCGAUGCCCAGAGUCCAGCGAUUCGUUACUACGACAACGGCAGCGGCGACGAGUUGAAGGAAUGCGCGGUGUGUUUGAUGAAAUUAGAAGAUGGAGAUGAGAUGAGAGUUCUGCAAUGCAACCAUGACUUCCAUAAAGAGUGUUUGGAUCAGUGGCUGGAGAAGGAACAGUUGACGUGUCCGCUGUGCAGGAGGCAUGUUUUGCCUGAGAAGGUGGUGUUCGAACACAAGCAAUUGAGGAGCGAAGUUGAGUUUGCUAGGGAAGGAGCGCACCUUGCUUAUUUUAUGCUUUAUGGUAUACAUGGCCGUGCCUUACAUUAACGCCUUCUGGAUGAACCCAAGUGAUGAACUGAAAUUGGAAGUCUCUAUUCCGUUCCAGUAGUUAGUCCACUAAUACUGAACAAUUUUUUUUUCUUUUAAUUUAAAAUAGAAGCUCUGUAAUCGAUUGGUAGUUAAUCAUAAAGUUGGGAGAUGAAAAGAAA